AUGAUUCCCAAUUUGAUGAAGUUGACGAAAGCAAUCACUUAUCCAAUGAUAAUUUGGGCUGAAAAGCUGCAAUGGGUAAUGAUGUUCUCCAUCACCAAAUCUAAUAUUACGAUGAUGAAGUCCGAGGUCGACGACGAGUCAGACGACGAGUCAGACGACGAGUCAGACGACGAGUCAGACGACGAGUCAGCGAAUUCAGACGAUGAGUCAGCGAAUUCGAACUCGAGCUCGGUCUUCUCUUGCGAAAUAUGCACAGAGGAAAAACUUCAAACCAAGAUGAUCGGAAUAGAAAAAUGCUCUCAUUCCUUCUGCUCCGAUUGCAUUAGCAAACAUAUCAAAUUCAAAAUCCAAGAGAAUGUCACAAUCAUACCCUGCCCAGCCGGCUACGACUGUGAGGGGAAACUCGAGCUGGAAUCGUGUCUAACAUGGAUUUCGCCAGAAAUAAUCGCAAUAUGGGAGGAAGCCUUAUGCGAAUCAAUGAUACCAGAAUCUCAAAAGUACUAUUGUCCAUUCAGCGAUUGUUCGGCUUUGUUGAUUUAUGAUAAGGAUGGAGAAGAUGAGACGUUUAGUCAAGCCGAAUGCCCAAUUUGUCAUAGACUGUUCUGCGUAGAUUGCAGAGUUCCAUUUCAUAUGGGUAUUGAGUGUGAGCAAUUUAAGAGACUGAAUAACGAAAGAGGCUGGGAUGAUCUUAUGUUGAAACUUGCGACUGAAAGUGCGUGGAAACGUUGCCCAAAUUGUCGAUUCUUUGUGGAAAAAAAUGAAGGGUGUGUGGGUUUCAAUUCUGCUAUAGAUGUGGAGCAGCUUGGACUACUAAUCAUGGGGUAUGUAGGUGAACUUAAAUUCAUAUAUGUUUAA